CGAUCCAACCUGCUCGCACACAAAGCGGCCGAAGGGCGCUGCGGGUAUAAAAGCGGAGUCCAACCUAAUUCUAGCAUCAGUCUUGUUCCAACCAGCAAGAGGAUAACAGCAUCACCAUGUUCGCUAAACUGCUCGCCGUCUCAGCCCUCAUCGCCGUGGCUUCAGCCAUCCCCCGGGAAUACCCCGCUGGGGUACACCCGGCCAUCUGCCCCAACUACCCCUACUGUGACGUGGAGACCCUCGCACGGUUCACGCCCGGAGGCCAGCCGAUUCCGGAGUGGGAGCGCAACCCUGGGAUCCUGCCUGUUGGACCGUCUGAGGUCCCUGCUGCCCCAAGAUGGCCCGCCGGCCUGAACCCCGCUCUCUGCCCCAACUACCCCUACUGCUGGUGAACAUGGACUUCCUUCCCUCCGCUCUUCAAUAAGGACUCUAC